CACUUCGGGGUCAAAAGUGUUUCCUGUUUUUAGGAUUUGUCGUGGGUGUUUGAGAAGAGUUUGCUGUGGGAAAUGUAGAAAAAUGAUAUAGUACAACCAAAAUACCGCUGCUUUUUCAGAAAUUUAAAGUUACUGCACAGGAACGUCAAGUUUUUUUUUCCCUGUGGUAUUUUUUGACUUGAAAGUCUGUUUCCACAAGGCCAAAACCACCUCAUAUCUCCCAUAACUCUCAAGUGCGUUGGUGUUACGGAUUCAAAUGUUACCCUGUUAACCGGUUACUUUCAGCCUAAUGCCUAAGUGAUGGUCGUAAAGCAGUUGAAACACUAAAUACGUCUUAGUAUGUUUCUUUAUUCAAUAUAUUGUCAAAAUAAACUCGCUCAAUGUGUAUUUAAUGAAAACCUGUUGUUUUAACUACGACAAACUACGCCGAUGUCGCCGGUCAGCAGGGUCACCUUUUGAAACGAAACACCGGUGUGAGUCAUCGGGAGUGCCACUUGUCCUGUAUCCAACACCGUAUAAAUUUUCAAUCAAAAGUUGUGAACACACGUCUGAAUUUCCUAUUAUGAGUAAAUAUUAAAAUAUAGAUAUUAUCCCUGUAUCGGGGGGUCCAGAGGUGCCAUUUUGACUGAGUACAGUCUAUGGUACGCCCCCGUACAAGGAAGCGGAACCAAGAAGCAGAACCCGGACGUUUUCCAUGUCAACACCUACUGUUGUGUUUUCCUGCUUUUCAAACCAGGAAGAUGGAUCUGCUGUCGAACAAAUGGAUUAUUAAUUUGAUAGUUUGUUUGUUUUCUAUCGGUAAGUUGGACUGCGACAGUGUUGAACUUUCAUGUAUGUGUAUAUAGCUGUGAGUGGGGUGUGUUUCGAUUCCGGGCGGUUGGCUUGUUGGCUUCUUUGUGCUCGGAGCUAGCUGAAUGCUAGGCUAAUUUCUGCUAGCUGGCUGGCUGUACUUCCAACUGCCGGUGUUUAAAUACACAUUUUACAAUGAAGGUUAGCAUCGCGACAGCUGUAGAGGGGUGAUAGUGAAAUAUAAGUUCAUAAACCAGUGAAUCCGUAUUUAAACCACGCUUUCUUUUUUGGUUGUAGCCUUUUUUUGUCUUUAUGAGUCAGAUUGUUUCUGCCUUCUUGACUUCUGUCAGCAUCAGCGUGACUGCGCGUGACUCCCCCUCUCCAGGGAUAUAGCAAGAUUAAACCAAACUGCAUUCAAAGUUUUAAAGCUUUAGUGUGAAUUUCAUUUUCUUCCAUUACAUUUACCCAGUGAAAAGAGCAAAGCCACCUGCUCGCCGUACUGGUUUAUUCGGCAUAUAGGUUACCAAAGAAAACUUCGCUUGUAAGUUUUAAAACGAUGUUAAUGCUUUUUAUUGUCUAUUUGUGUGCUGUAGUAGUGUAUGUCUUCAUCAGAACAACGUACACAUUAACAAAAUGCAGAUAUCAAUCCAUUCGAAUCACGCAAAACGCCUUAUUUGGGUCAGGAAAUGUAGGUUUUAUUAUAGGCAGGUUAUUGGAGUCUCUUUAGUGUCUGACCUACAAUCUUUGAACCUGUUUUCAUCUGUUUGAUUUGAAAGUAAAAGACAGACACAUUUACCAUGUGGUGUUAAAUCACUCUAGGACACUCAGGAUCUCUUUGUGAAAAGUUGUUCUUAUGCGCUCUUUAAUGUGAUUUUUCUCUCGCAGGUGUCGGCUGUAAUUCAGUGGAGAAGAAGAUUUAUGUGCAUCUCAAUUACACAGUCCCAUGUGUGCGACUGCUCAAUGCAACACAUCAGAUAGGAUGCCAGUGUGAGUAAAGACAUGAUGCUGAGUUAUUGUCAAAGGAUUUCAAAGGGAAAAUACUAUUUACAUAUUUUAGUACUUGUUUUGAUAGUCUGGUAGUUUUGCACUAGAUUAAAGGGAUAUUCUGGCUUAAAAUUAAGUUAGGGUCAAACACACAUUAACACUGAGUUAGACACCCCCUCGAAAGAUGAAUGUUGCCAACCGCUUGCUUCUCUAGUUAUACCAACUUUAGUAAUGACCACAGGAUAGCAAUACACAGCAGUCUGAGGAGCCAUAAACAAACCUCAACCAAAACACCACAAAUAAUGCUCAGAACAGCACCUAACUUCAUCAACAGUACAUAUAGGGUCCCAGCCACCAAACAUCUUUUUAGGUUUGACUAAUUUCUUUAGCAAAGAGACUAAACACAACUCACCUACUCUCUUCCAGCAGCCGCUUGUUUGUAGCAAGACCUUAGGCAAGUCCAUUACAGACUACAGUGGGGUGACGCAGCUCAAGGAAGAACAUUUAUGAUCAUUUCUUUAUCAUUUCCUUGAAGUAAUAAUCGUCAUAAUAAUCAUUUUGCAUUGCAGACGUGGUAGUUCUUCUGUCUUACCGUCUCAGUCUGAUUGCAUUUCCAUGAAGAAAUGAUAAUUUCUAAUUUAAUUUUACGCUGGAAUAUCCCUGUAAGUAUAUGUAGAUGGUUAUGGGUGGACACAAGUAGAUGCUGUGUCAGAACAUGUACAACCUUCCCUUUACUGGGGGAGAGGCCUCAUAGACACAAAGAUAUUCAUGUAAUGCAUAUCUACUUAUUCAUUUAGUCUCAGACGUUGAUAUUCAGUCGUCUCUUUUGGAUUUCAGCUUCUCUGUCAGGUAAUGUGGGUGUGCUCCAUGUGCUCGAGUCAGAGGAGAACCUAGACUGGGUCCUGCGCUCUGGACCCAACCCUCCAUAUCUGGUGAUCCUGGAGCACCCGCUUUUCACCAGGUACAGUAAGCGUAUAUUUCACCCUGCAUAGAGAGUACUUGGAGCAGUCCUGAUCAUAUGUAUAUUCAUAGUAACUCUUUAAAGAAUGUAUUUACACUCAAAGGAAAGGUAUCAUGGAAAAGUUUUGCAAUGAGAAAAUUCCUCUAAAAUCCAAUCCGUCAUAAGCUUUCAAUAACAGAAAGUGAAAGUAAACUCUGCGAGUCCGUUCUGUUUUUAACUCUGAGGAAAGAAACUCCCACCCCGUGUCAAGCCCCCAUCUCACCUGUGUUUGUACCUGUAUCAUUUCCUCUGCCCCGUGCUGACUGUCUGCCUGUCAGGUCCAUCAUGAUGAAGCUGAAGAGCGGCUCCAGCAGGGUGGCUGGCGUUGCUGUUGUGGCUUCAAACACAGUUCCACCAGACGGCUUCUCACCGCACACCACCUGUCCCAACGAGAACUCAGGUGGGUGGUGAUGCACCUGCUCAGACCUGUCCUUCUCUGUUACACCAGUUACAGAUAUUAAUUGUUGUUUCAAGAAGCAUUCCCUAUAACUACAGCGUGUGAACAGGAAUUUUAUUUCCUGAGAGCCGGCCCGAGUCUAAGUCUCUUUAUGUAUUUCCCUCAGGUGUGUAUUCAGAGAACUACGAUCCAGCCCUGGCCCACUGUAAUGUGACAGUGUGGAACCCUUUGGGAAACGGGUUGGCCUAUGAAGAAUUCGACUUCCCCAUAUUCUCCCUGAAAGACGACAAUGACACUCAAGUCAUUCGGCAGGUAAUAUCACCCGUUGUGUGGCAGUAUUCCUUUGUGCUAACGGUUAUUACACUGUUCAGCUUUCUACAUUGAAACACUGCAGUAUCAAUAAAUCAGGAUCCGAACUUGUCCCAGCCGUGGUUUGGUUAAGAAACGAUAUGAGCUCAGCUGUAUCUGUGGCAUCUGCUUCUGAGAGCCAACGUGCCGGGGCACAUUGUGUCGUUCGCUAAAAGAAGCAACAAAUCAUUAGCUGCUCCUCCAGCAGAAUGUAGGACAAAAACAGACGGAUCAAAUUGCAGGUUUGGUUUUAUCUUCUUUUGAUGCUGUGCAGGAGUGUUCAGGGUUCUCCUCCUGAGGGAGCUUUGCAGGAAAGAGGAAAAAGUGCUGAGCCACUGAAGUCAGCACGAGCUGUGACUUCAGCGUCACAGUGAUCCUCACUUUCAAAUCAUGAAUAUUCUCAAAACUUUGCAUUUCAACUUGUCUCUCUAAACUCAAUAAAUCACCAUGUCCUUUGUGGUGAUUUUUUUUUGUAUGUGUGUUUUUAGAAAUGUUUUGACCCAGAAAAGUAUUCUUGUGAGAGUUUAUUGGUCUAGAAAACUCAUGCAGAGCUUGCUGUGUCAUGUGAAGACAGUAAAGAAGGUAAAGGAAUUUUUCUGCAGGGCACAGCGAUGUGAUUCCUCCAGAUUUAUCAGGUAUUUCAGACUUGAAGAGCUAAAAAGUCGACCCCACAGACUUUCAAUCAUCCAUUUGAUGGGCACCGAUGUUUUGAAGGCGGAGACAUUUUUCAUUUCUUAGUUUAAAACAGUUAUGAUAUUGUCAUUUAUUUUUGCUCUCAGUGGUAUUGGUGUGUUCGGCAGUUGCAGGGCAUCUUUCUUCUUCCUUUGCACGUAAGCUGAUGACAGUGGGUCGCCAUAGCAGCCGGACACACUUUGUCUGCCUCUCUGAAACUUUAUUUUUAUUUUGCUGCCGAAAAGUAUAUGAGAAGUAAAAUUCUGCACUAGGAUCCUGAUGAAACUGAAAUAUUUCCAGUUAUUGAUGCAAAAUUAGGCUUCAUAUAUUCUGUGUUUUUAAGGUCAGCAGUUUAUCGAUACAUAAAGAUUAAUGAUCUUCUUCCUGAUGUGAAUUGGUGCCAGAUGCACAAAUAAAGAGCUUUCAUCUAAAAAACAAGGACCCAUUGAGGAAAAAUGAUGCAGAAUAGACAUGAAUCAGUGCAGAAGAAUAUGUCAAAAUGUAGGAAGUAAAGUUUUUAUGUUCAAAAUUUCCUGUUAAAUCCUCUUAAGCUCAACUAAAACCAGUUGAUGAACUGCAUUUAUUUGACAGAUGGAGUUUAGGGGAAGAUACUGUUGUAAUCUAACAUAUCUUAAAGUUGUUAUUUAAUGCAGAUACAAUUUUCAUACUUGCUGCACCCUUCCCUGUGCUCACCAUAUUUUACGUCCUUUUUUCGUGUCCUUUGCCAAUCAUAUCCUCCGUAAGUCAACAGCUUCAGGUCUAACAGGAAAAGCCCGUGUGCCAGAGUGAUAAAUGUCGUCCCAGAGAACGAAAGAAGGAUUUCUGUGCCAAAACCUUCCAGCAUGUCCCCGAGCAGGAGCCACAAACCCAUUUUUAUGUGUUCGAACUUGCUCUGCGGAUUGGAAAUAUUUGAGGUUCCAAAAAAGCAGGAGAGCUGUUGUGGUUUCUGUGUUUGUUGUUUAAACAAACUGACAGAAAUAAAGUUUAGUGGGUUUUUUUUUCUCUUUUCUUUUCUGGCAGUGUUACAUGGAACACAACCGUGCAGUGAACGGCACCCCGCAGUACCCACUGUGUGCCAUGCAGCUCUACUCCCACAUGUCCGCCGUCACAGACACGGCCACCUGCAUGAGGAGGAACGACAUCAACUUCAGCAUCAGCCCAGGUAUUCAUUCAACAUCCACAACCAUCAGUACAAAAACGAACACUGAAUUUCUCAACUCUGAGCGGUAAAAAAAUCAUCUAUUUUAUUGGUUUUUUUUCCAAGUGAAUUUGAACCUAACUCAGUUUUUUCUUGUUUUGUGUCUCCCUUUAGAAAUGGUUUGUGAUCCAUUAGGUGACUAUAAUGUUUGGGCCUCCACCAGACCUCUUAACAACACAGCCAAGGGCCACAAGGAUGGGGAGAGUGUGGUCAUCGCAGCAGCCAGAGUGAGUCCUUUUUAAAUAAUAAUAAUAAUCCUGUUUUAUCCUGUAAAGAGCGUACAGUUCUACAAGCGAAAUCACCGUCACACUUUAUAUUUCUUUUUACCUUUGAUUCUUGUGUAAAUAUUUCCCGACUUUGUGGCGACGUGACAAAGACAAAAAAAAAGCUGGCAUUUCUGCCUCCAACUUCCCGGUUGUUUCACAGGAUUUUGCAACUCACCAUCUCAGUCAAACUGUCAAACUCUCAGCUUUAAGUGCUCCACAAAGAAACAAAACAGACAGAAAAAUUGAGAAAUACAUUUAUCACAUUGUUGGCAAACCUAAAAAAAAGCCAGAUUCAGCUGUGUUUCUCAUAGUAAAGAGCUUUGAGUUAAAUCUCCACCUGAUGGAUCCCCUCUCACCUUCUUUCAUUCUUCCUCUCCUCUCCUCUCCUCAGUUGGACAGCAGGUCUUUUUUCUUCGACAUCGCUCCAGGCGCCGAGAGCGGCGUCUCCGGGUUCGUCACUCUGCUUGCAGCCGCUCACGCUCUGCGAAACGCCACCCAAGAGUCUCUGCCUCCCCGCAACAUCUUCUACACCUUCUUUCAAGGGGUCCGUUUGUUUCCACACUUGUAUAAUCUCACACUGUCAGUAUCACUCAUGAUAUUCAAACACACCUUACAUCUCUUUGCUCGCAGGAAACCUUCGACUACAUCGGCAGCUCCAGGAUGGUGUAUGACAUGCAGAACGAUCAGUUUUCAGUGGACCUGGAUAAUGUUCACUCAGUGCUGGAGAUAGGACAGGUGUGUGUCGGGGAAUAUCCCAGUCAAGUCCCCGUUAUUUUGUUCGUCAACCUCUGCAGAUCACCAGAUUUUAAGGAACCAGUUCAAGACCUUUAAAGACCUGAAAGAGUUUCACACCCAGACUAAACCAUGUUCAAAAUGCGCCCAAACAAAUACCAAGCAAAACAGAACUACUCAUUUGACUGGCAGUCUUUUUGGUACUCAGUCUGGUUUAUAUAACAAGUAUUAGAGACAACAGUUUUAAUAAUUCUCUCUCUUCUUGUAUCACUUCACAAUUUUCUUAAAUAUGUAUUUUGGGGUCAAACGGAUAACGUUUGUUCAAAGUUAAAAUCAACAAAGAAGAGUAUGUGUUCAAUCUUCUAAUCCUAGUACAUUUUAAUAAUUUUAAUACAGUUUUAAUGGAAUUAUUUCUUCACUGUAUCACGUUUCCAGGAAGAACAGCAGCGUCAAUGACGAGGUUUGCGCCUUUAGAGCUCCUUAGAUUUUUUUGGGGCCAAACAGAUAACGUUUGUUCAAAGUUAAAAUCAACAAAGAAGAGUAUGUGCUCGAUCUUCUAAUCCUAGGACAUGUUGUACUCCUGUGUGUUUCUGUGAUGUCAGAAUCAGUGAAUGAUGCGCUCUGCUGCUCAAAGAAAACAGAAUGACUUGUACAUGCACAGGACAAAUCAAGCUGUGGCUUCACACUGAUCCUGUGUCCACAGAGGGCACCAAAAGCAACACAAACAGAAAGUUCCUUUCAGGAGCUUUAAGCCCCCAGACUCACUUAGCUCUUCUUCACUUACAUUGGUGUCAAGAUAUAGAGACAAAGCGUAUGUAUAUUAUACAUGUGUGUAGAUGAAUUAUAGUAAAAUGGGACUGGCUUUAAAGAUGAAAACAGUCAGAAAACGAGUGUCAGGAAACCAGCAGAGUUCUUCAACUUUAUCAAAAACUCAAAUAACUUUUCGAUAUUCUCUUCCAGGUACGUAAGCUCAUCGAUAACCUGCAGUCGGCUGCUACAGCUGCAGGCGUCUCAGCGGACGAGCCGAGUUUCUCUCAGCCCCUCCCACCCUCGUCUUUCCAGCGUUUCCUGCGAGAUCGGCAGAUCCCUGGCGUUGUCAUUGAGGAUCACCAGUCUGCUUUCUCCAACAGGUGAUACAAACUCUCCCUGUUUCAUAUAUUUAUUGUACAUCUAAAGGGGUUUUCAUGUUCCUUAUUGUGUUUUCCUGUUCUGUGUGCAGGUUCUAUGAAAGUAUGUAUGAUAAUGCUGAAUACCUGAACGUCACUUACCCUCCCAACCUGACGCCGGAGGAGCAGCUGGAGUUUGUCACUGAUGUGGCGAAAGUACGUCAGCAAAUUACCAACAUUCACCGUUGUCAUGUCUAUUUUUACUGUUUGAUUUGUUGCUGAUUUGCACACAUGAUGAUUAAGGUGUUCUGCGUUCCUCUUCAUGCGUCCUCCAGGCUCUGACGGAGGUGGCCACCAUGGUCGCUAAAGCUCUCUACAUGCAGGCCGGAGGAGUAGAAUCUCAGCUGAGCAACAUAAAAGCAGACCCUCAGAUAGUAAGACUGCUGGAUUUCAUCAGAGAAUCAGUCGAAUAGAAACCUAAGCCAGUUUGAUUUAAGUGUACAGACUGUCUUUAUUUCAACAGAACCGAAAAUGAUUUUAACUCUCUGAAAAUACUUUGAACUUUUAUCUCCUGGAAAAGAGUUUUUAUUUACAGGAGAGGACAAACUCACAGACGUGGUCAUGUUCAUGUUUACCUCGUCAUAAUUUGCAUUUUUGUCACAUUGAAUCAUCACUGAUGCAAAUUUGCUACUUGAAGUGAGUUAUUUUGAUCCAAACCGAAGAGAUAAUCACUUCCUGUUUCCUCUUCCUCAGGUGACUGGGAUGCUUUAUGGUUUCCUCGUUCGGUCAAACAAUUCCUGGUUCCAACAGCUUCUCCCAUCUGAUCUUAUCAGCCACCUGGGUAGGCGAACAAAUCCUUUUUGAUACUAAGUGGACGUUAAAUGCUAUUAAAAUUAAAUAUUUUCUAUUUUAAAGCUGGGAUGUUUCACUGAAUUAUGAUUAGGACAGAAUUAAAAGCAAAGCAAGUAUGUUAUGAAUCCAUAUCAAGGAUGACAAACUUGAUAUUUCUGUCUGAUGUCUUUUAGCUGACAGGCCCACAAACUUCUACGUCGGCGUUGCUCAGCAGUCCAGUGAACCGACUCUUCUGGUCCAGUACCUGCUGGCUAACCUGACAGGAACCACCCCCAACAUCACGCAGGAGGACUGUCAGAACCAGAGAGAGAACGAGAAGGACACAGAGAGCAAACAUGUAAGACACACUGCAGUCUUACUUUUCUUUAUUUACUUACAACUUAUAUCACGAGGAAAAACUUUAUGAAGAUACAAUUCAAGAGGUGACUUGAUUCUGCAUUAUUUACUUUAAUGCAGUUAUUUGAACACACAGAUUUGUUAAAAUACAACCAGACAAUACAGAAGGAAUUAAUUUUUGUUUCUCUUUAUUACCAAAAAAAGAAUGAAAUGAAAAUACCAAAUCUCUCUCCUCUCUCAGAUGUUCACCUACAUGUGGGUGCAAGGUGCAGCGCCGCCCAACAGCACAAAGAGGGAGGGUUUCUGCGUCCGCUCCACGGUCCGCCUCUCCAAAGCCCUGUCUCCGGCCUUCGACCUGAAGGAGUUCACCUCCAAAGAUUAUUCAACGUGGACUGAGUCCAGGUGGAAGACCAUCAAAGGUCGCAUAUUCCUGGUGGCCAGUCAUGAACUGGAGGUAAACCCGCUUUUAAGUCUUGCUUGUCAGUGAGAAUCUUAAAAGUGUUGUGAUUUAAAAUCUUGGCUCAGGCUCCUCUAUGUUCAUCUGAAGAGAGAUAAUUGAUAUAAUUAUCUUUUUGAUUUUCUCUCCAGAUGCUAACGCUCGGCGUGGGUUUCGGCAUUUUGAUAUCAUCCCUGCUCAUCACAUAUAUCGUCAGCUCAAAGGCUGACAUGCUCUUCAGCUCAGGGAGGGAACCAACAAACGCCACCUACUGAUCCACACGGAGGAAACACAGGCCCACGACCACUACCACCACUACUACUUUUACUACUACUUCUAUCCCGCGCAGACAUGGACCAGCCCCCUUUUUUUCUUUAACACACAGCACAUGUAGGUACACAGACAGGUUAGACGCGGCGGCAGCACAGAGGGGGUCAUAUUUUAAAGACGACGGCGACGACUCCAUGUUUGUGGACUCACUCAGGUGAGACGUGACAUGAGGACCGGACCGGACUGGGUUGGCCUGGAUGGAUCUGGACUCAUCAGGGUCUGAGAAAUCACUGGUCAGGCACCAGCAGGCCCUGCCCGCGGACAAAGAUGUUAAUAUUUCUUUUAAAUCUUUUUCCCUUUUUAUCGUCGAAGAAUGUUUUGUUUACUGUGUCAUGGGAUAGGCACUAAACACGGAGCAUUAUUUGAGCGUGUGAUUGUGAAUAUGUAAAUUUGAAGGAGUGUUUGACUGUGUGAAUCUGUGUGUACGAUCAAGAAGAGAGUGCGUGUGAGGAUUGCAAUGGUAUGUGCAAUACUGUAGCUGUCUUCUCUGUCAGUGUAGUUAACUUAUCAAUCAGUUCUAAUGAUAAGAAACCACUUUUUUGAGUCAGUGAACAAGUAGUAACGUUUUAGUUUUAAGGUUUUGCAAAAGCCAGACGUGUUUGGUGAAGUUUUGUGCAGAAGUUGCAGGUCCUGGGAGGUUUCAAACAACGCAAAUAUUUAUACUUUUCAGUCCCAGCACAUGUGCAAAACGACUACAGGUGGAUGUAGUUGUAGACCCACAGCAUCUUCACAUAUUGGGAUGUUCACAGGGAGGAGGAGGAGGAGGAGGAGAGGAACAUCCCCGCAGAGGCUGGUGCAGCUGACAAACACUUUACUGCAUAUCCAUCAGCUGCCGAAGGAUCCGGUCAGAAAAUCUUGUUUCUCACAAGAAAGCGCUGGUACUCAGGCUGUGCACUCGUUUUGGUUCGUACCUUUUUGACAAGGUUUCUUUUAACGAUAACUUCUAAAAAAAAAAAUUCAUGCUGAGGCGAUGAUUUUCAUGUUUCUGUUUUGUUGACGAGUGUUCAUUUAAUGGCUGGAAUUAAUGACCAAUUGUGAUGCCUUGAUGAGGAAAUAAACAUGGCUUCUUUUCCA